UUACAAAGAGGGUGAUCUUAGUUUGGUGUUGUACUUAGGCUGCUCUUUCUCAAUCUCACCACCAUGUUUUCAUCAACCCCAAACAAUCCGCCCAUAUCAACCCCCAAUCCUCUAAAAUCAUCACCACCUAAUUUGCGUAUUGCCAUCUUGAUCACCCCUAACCUCAUUCCCAAAUCUCUCCCAAAAAAGUUGUCCUUCAUUCAAGCUUCUGCAUUUUCUCCCAUCAGCUAUCCGCAUAAGGAAAGGGUGGAUGCCAGUGAGAGCUACACAUUAGACAGUAUAAGACACUUUUUAAUCAGGCAAGAGGAUAGCAUCAUAUUUAGCCUCUUGGAGAGGGCUCAAUAUUAUUACAAUGCAGACACAUAUGACCAUCAUGCCUUCUCCAAAGAUGGGUUUCAUGGCUCUUUGGUUGAGUUCAUGAUCAAAGAAACUGAAAAACUUCAUGCCCAGAUGGGUAGAUACGAUAGUCCAAAUGAGCAUCCUUUCUUCCCGGCUCAAUUACCUAAGCCGAUGCUUCCUCCUUUGAAAUACCCUCAGGUCCUGCAUCCUUGUGCUGAUUCAGUCAAUCUAAACAAUAAGGUUUGGAAUAUAUAUUUCAAAAAUCUCCUUCCAAGGUUGGUUAAAGCCGGUGAUGAUGGUAAUCAUGGAUCAGCUGCUGUGUGCGACACAAACUGCUUGCAAGCUCUCUCAAAGAGGAUCCACUACGGAAAAUUUGUAGCAGAGGCUAAAUUUCUAGAAUCCUCGGAUGUGUAUGAGGCUGCCAUUAGAGAGCAAGAUAGGGAUAAACUCAUGGCAUUGCUGACCUAUGAGGCAGUGGAAGCAGCAAUCAAGAAGAGAGUAGAAGCGAAGGCCAAAGCAUUUGGGCAGGAGGUGAGAAACAUGGGAGAGGGAGAUGAUGGGGAUGAUCCAGCAUAUAAGAUCAAGCCAAGGUUAGUUGCCAAUCUGUACGGAGACUGGAUCAUGCCACUUACCAAGGAAGUUCAGGUUGAAUACCUGUUGAGAAGGUUGGAUUAAACAAAAUUAAGAGAAGAAAAAAGUUUGGUUGUUCGGAUGUUAAUGAACGUGAUGAAACAUUUUAAUUCAAUAUGUAGCAGCUUUGGAACA